AUCGUCGACCCCAAGGUGGGCGUCCUGACCACUAGCGCACAGCAGACUAGCGGAGGAGAAGCAACGGAUCGGUCAGUCCCCUAACCCCCGCUCUGCAACAAGGGACUGCCUGAAAACCCUCCGACGACAUGGAGUAUCUGACGUUUGUUGUUUUAUUAUGGUUUUCCUGGGUACAGUUUAUUUCCAACUCAGCAGAAAGCAGUCAACAGCCAUUUCCAACAGAGAAGUUGUUGGUUCUCACCGUUGCCACACAGGAGACUGAUGGUUAUCGCCGCUUCAUGCAGUCAGCCGACUAUUUCAACUACACUGUCAAGGUCCUGGGCAUGGGAGAGGAGUGGAGAGGUGGGGAUGUGGGGCGCUCCAUUGGAGGAGGACAGAAGGUGAGACUACUGAAGGAAGCCAUGGAAGGACUGAGGGACCAAGAAGACCUGGUGGUGCUGUCUGUUGACAGUUAUGAUCUUAUCUUCGCAGGGGGACCAGAGGAGAUACUCAGGAAGUUCCAGGAAGCCAAUCACAAGGUCCUGUUUGCUGCCGAGGGUUUGGUCUGGCCUGAUAAACGCCUACAGGACAAAUACCCGUCCGUCCGCAGCGGCAAGCGCUUCCUCAACUCAGGAGGCAUCAUCGGCUACGCCCCGUAUGUGACCAAGAUCGUAGAGCAGUGGAACCUUCACGAGAACGAUGACGACCAGCUGUUCUACACCAAAAUAUACCUGGACCCUCAACAGAGGGAGAGUUUGAACAUGACUUUGGACCACAAGUCUCAGAUUUUCCAGAACUUAAAUGGAGCUAUCGACGAAGUUCUUCUGAAGUUUGGAACGGAGAGAGUACGAGUCAGAAACACUGUGUACGACACACUGCCAGUGGUCGUCCAUGGAAACGCCAACACCAAAAUGUAUUUGAACUAUCUAGGAAACUACAUCCCCAACGCCUGGAACUACGAGAGAGGCUGUGGUGUCUGUGACCACAACAUGGUGGAUUUGUCUCAGCUCGAAGAGUAUCCCACUGUGAUGGUUGGAGUGUUCAUCGAACAGCCCACUCCUUUCCUCUCUCAAUUCUUCCAGAGACUCGCGACCCUCGACUACCCCAAACAUAAACUUAACGUCUUUGUUCAUAACAAUGAGGUUUACCAUGAGAGACACAUCCAGAAGUUUUGGCAGGAAAAUAAAGACGUGUUCAACAGCUUCAAGGUUGUGGGUCCGGAGGAGAACUUGAGCCAAGGAGAGGCCAGGAAUAUGGGCAUGGGGCUGUGUCGUAAGGACCCAGGCUGUGACUACUACCUCAGUAUGGACGCUGACGUGAUGCUCACCAACAGACAGACUCUGAAGAUCCUCAUCGAGCAGAACAGGGGCGUGUGGAACAUUCCCUACAUGGCUCAUAUAUACUUGAUAAAGGGAGAAGUCCUGAGAAACGAGCUGAAGGAGAGGAAACAUUUUGUUUUGGAGAAACUGGAUCCUGACAUGGCUCUCUGUAGACACGCUAGAGAAUUGACCAAUCACAGAGAGAAAGACUCCCCCAACCCGGAAACAUUCCAUAUGCUCAGAGUCCCAAAGGGAAUGUUCAUGUACAUUACAAACCGCCAUGAGUUUGGAAGGCUAAUAUCCACAGCGAACUUUAACACGUCACACUAUAACAGUGAUUUGUGGCAAAUAUUUGAAAAUCCAAUGGACUGGAAGGAGAAAUACAUCCACCCCAACUACACACGUAUCUUCACAGAGAACUACUUAGAAGAGCCGUGUCCAGAUGUGUUCUGGUUCCCGGUCUUCACGGAGCGGGCCUGUGAUGAGCUGGUGGAGGAGAUGGAACACUAUGGGUCCUGGUCUGGAGGCAACCACGAGGACAAGCGGAUCACCGGCGGCUAUGAGACCGUGCCGACUGAUGACAUCCACAUGAAGCAGAUCGGUUACGAUAAGGAGUGGCUACACUUCAUCAGAGAAUUCAUAUCCCCCGUCACUUCUCAAAGUCCUUUCUCCGGAUACUACACCAAGGGCUAUGCAGUGAUGAACUUCGUAGUGAAGUACACCCCCGGCAGACAGGCCUACCUGAGACCCCAUCAUGACUCCUCCACAUUCACCAUCAACGUUGCUCUCAACAGCAAAGGAACUGACUUCCAGGGUGGAGGCUGUCGGUUCCACAGGUAUAACUGCUCCGUAGAUUCUCCCAGGAAGGGCUGGAGUUUCAUGCACCCAGGCCGUCUGACACACCUCCACGAAGGCCUGCCCACCACCAACGGAACUCGCUACAUUGCUGUCUCCUUCAUCGACCCUUGAACUCUACACUACGUUAGCAUAGGAUUUGAUCAGGUUUCAUUUUUGUAAAAAAAAAAAAGUUGUGUUUAAAUUUGAUCUAUUUUGUUUGUAAAUGAUAAAGUGCCUCAUGUUGUACUUUAUACAUUUUUACUGAUGCCAGUUACUGUACAAAUAAAGAAAUAAAUAGUUUAAAAAGACAAAGGAAUUGUGGGUAAUGUCAUGCCAGAGUCAGACGAUCCCCUUCAUUUGAAACUCUCUGUCAAACAGAGUGUGGUGUCAUGAAGGGACGUGAUGUCAUCACUGUCAGUCAGCGGUUUAGGUUCCUUCUUCAUCUUCAUCUUCACUCUAUUACUGUAAUAAUCAUUAUUUAUUAGUCAGCGAUCCAACCCAUACUCUUAAGGAAAAAAUCUAUGUGUUAAGGAUUAAUGCCAACGGGCAUUCCUGGCUUGUCUUAGCUGUUUUAAUUCAAUUACUUGUUUGUAUGUUUCACAUUAAGUUGUCUAGUUUUGAAACCAUUUUCCAUGUUCUGUCUACACCUUUUUGUAAACUUUGGGUUGCAGUUUGUUACCUGAUGUUAAUAUGACCUACAUGUCCAAGGAAAUAUAUUUUAAUUUUUGGUGACUUAGCACACGAGAUAAUAAAAUAUAUGACAUCGGAAUUUAAUAUGGAUUCUGGAUUUCUAGUUCGAUAUUGUCAAACAAUAUUUUACUUGACAUGAUUGUUUACAUGGCAGGACAAUAAGGCGUUGAUGUCGUUUCCUUCCUGAACUGAAACAUUUUAGAGAUGUUUACAUUCUCUGAAAGUUGUUGUGAAUGAACUUUGAACCUAAGUUAACUUAUUGUGAAAUUGAUGGCAACGGAAUAAAAUAUGUUUUAAAAA